AUGCUGCCGCCGGCACUGGGCGACAGCCACCAUCUUCUCUUCUCCUUCCACCAUGUGGCCUGCCAGCCCCGCCCACACACCCUGCCUGACGCCCCCGUUGGCUACACGUGGGUGCCUCUGAUGCAGCAUGGGCAGCUGCGCACGGGACCCCUGUGCCUGCCUGUCUCUGUGGACAAGCCUCCCCCCAGCUACUCUGUCCUCACCCCUGACGUGAGGGGAUGUUGGUGGGUGGACAACCACAAGGGCGUGUUCCAUGUGGAGCUGCGGGCCGUCUCCUCUGUGCACACACAGGACCCAGCACUGGAGCGGUUCCUGGCACUGGGGAGGGCGUUGGAGGUGGGGCCAUGUGGGGGGCGGGGGGCGGCAGUGCUGGAGGCAGAGCUGCGGGCCAGUCUGGGCGGGUUGCGGGGGGCCCAGCCCCAGCCCCUCGUUGCCUUCAGCCACCAGCUGCUUGAUCGGCUCCUGCGCCUCCUCGCCCGUCCUCCUCUUAUCAACGGCCAGACCGUGAAUGUGGGCCGGGCAGCCUUCGAGACCCUGGCCGUCUUGGCCAACCAGAUUGAUCGCAGCUUGGAGGGCAGCCGGGACACCCACGGCCACUGCCCCGUGCUGGCUGCCUACGUGCACUUUGCCUUCCGCCUGCCCGGGACAGAACGCGAGGCCAACGCCCCAGACCAGGACCCCCUCCAUCCCCCCACUGGCCUUCCCCUAUCCCGUGCCAAGAGCAUCAGCUGUAGCAACCCCGACCUGGCCAGCAACCCCUGCUGCCCCGACCAGGAGGUACAGCACAUCCUGGGCACCAAGUGGGAUGCCUACGCCCCUGGGGGCACCAAGGCUGUGCUCCGUCGCCCCCCACCCCCUGCUGGCCCCGACCCCAAGCAGCUGGUGCAUGAGGAGCUGGCGCUGCAGUGGGUGGUGAGUGCGAGCGUUGUGCGAGAGGCUGCCCUAUGCCAGGCCUGGUUCUUUUUCCAGCUCAUGACCAAGAGCCUGGCACUGCACUUGCACCGAGCCGGGCGGCUGGAGGCUCCGCGGCGCUUGCGCCUGCCCCAGCGCUUUGCUGAUGAUGUGGCUGCCCUGGUUUGUGCCCUCAGCACCGAGGUUGCUGCCCGCUGCCACCAGGACAUGGAGCUGGCGGAGCGCCUCAACACCAGCCUGGGCUGCUUCCUGGCUGACCUGCUGUCACUCAUGGACCGUGGCUUUGUGCUGGGCCUUGUCCGUGCCUACUAUAAACAGGUGGGGGCACGGCUGGCAACUGCCCCGAAUCCAUCGGUGCUGCUGGGGCUGCGGCUGGAUCUGCUGCGCAUCGUCUCCAGCCACGAGCACUACGUCCCCCUCAACCUGCCCCUGGGCAGCCUCUCGCCCCCUGCCUCGCCCUCACCCUCGGUCUCCUCCCAGGGCUCGGCCUUUUCCAGUCAGGCACCAGAGCAGCGCUGGGCCCACAUGCUGGAGUUGUCAGGGCCCUUCCGACGGCAGCACUUCCUGGUGGGGCUGCUGCUGUCCGAGCUGGCUCUGAUCCUGGAAGCCGAUGGGGACGAUGCUUCGGCCCUGCAGAAGAAGGCUAUAGGGGCCCUGCACAACCUGCUAUGCAGCCAUGAAGCUGACCCUCGCUUGGCUACGCCUGCUGCCUGUGCCCUUGUGGCCCGUCUCUACCUGCCACUCAUCACCAUCGUCAUGGAUGUGCUGCCUCAGCUGCAUGAUUUCAGUGAGACUCACAGACCGCGUGGGCGCCUGGUCCCGUCCAUGCUGGGGGAUGACGGUGAUGGAGAUGGUAGCACCAUCAGCCCUUCAGUGGCGAUGGCCAUUGCGGGGUCGCCCUUGCCACCUGUGCCCUGCCCUUGCCCCUCCCCGGGGCCGGCAGUUGGCCGUCCAGGUGGAGAGCGCGGGCACCGCUUGCCCCUAGCCCAGUCACUGGACAUGCGGGCACGGCUGGAGGAGGCCAUCCUGGGCACUGUGGGCGCCCGCCGGGACAUGGUGCGCCGCACUUCUGGUCUGGCCCCCCCACCCCAUAACACUGUCCCUCCAGAGCGCAGCCCCUUGGGGCCACAUGAGAACGUGCGAUGGAGGAAGAGCCUGACACACUGGAGACCUAGCACCGAGAGGCCUGAUAAGACCAAGGAGGAGGUGGAGCAGGAGGUGCUGGUCGAGGGGAACCUGGUGACUGAGGCCAACCUGGUGGUGCUGGACACGCUGGAGAUUAUCGCCCAGACGCUGCCACUGGCCGAGGCCCGGGACAGCCUGCUGGGGGCACUGCUGCGGGUGCUGCUGCACAGCAUGGCCUGUGCACCCAGUGCCCUCUACCUGCAGCACAGCCUGGCCACCCAGCGUGCCCUGGAGGGCUGCACGUAA